AUGGAUCCCUUCACGCGACUCCCCCCCGAGCUCAUUACACAGAUCAUUCUCUAUAUCGCUGAUUUUUCUGCGGUAGAAAGCUUCAUUUCUGCAUCCCCUCAAGUCCAAGCUAUCUUCCAGGCUCAGCCUAGCAUUGUACAGGACCUGCUACAGUCAGAUCCGAUCACAAGCUUCCCAGAAAUACAAAAGUUAUGCUACAAUAUUAGCCUAAUCCAGACUUCUCUGCCUCAAUGUCCCAAUCUGGCUCACUACCAACAGUCAUGCGAUCACAUUCCAGUCUUUGAUUACACAGAAGCGCUCUGUAUGCUCCGGCUGGCUGCACGGACACAACGUCUGGCUUGUACCUGCAUGACUACUAUCCAACAUAAUCUUAUAUCCCCUCUUAGUGAAGUUCCUGCUGGCUCGCUAUGUGGUCCUGAUCGCGUACGAAAAGCCAGGGAGCCGUUUUCAUGGACAGAAGAAUACCGUGUCUACUGCUCCAUAUGGCAUCUCCAACACUAUUCCUGCCUCCGCAAAGCAGCAACAGAGCGUUGGGGGUGGGAUCAAACAUCAAUUCAAACUUUAGAUGCAUACGAUGUCUGGAACGAUAUAAUAGAUACACGGCACAUCGAAAAAUUCUGGACGAUCGCCGCCCUACUUUCAGAUCUCGGUCUCAAUCCUUCAUACGGACAUUAUCCCUUCCAGCACAGGGAAAGGUCACUGGCACAGGACCCAGAGGGCGAAGAAUCCUCACGCGCAGCCUGGACAUUUCCUCCAGGAACACCACCACCAUUCUUUCCCUCAUUUGAUCUACCCCCUUCACAAUAUCUUCGCGAUGGCAACAGCUCGCCUUUCUGGAGUCCUCCGCUGCCUCCCCCCGAUACCGCAGCUACAGAUGCCUGGUGGCUUACGCCGAAAUACCGUUCAUGGAACCCCCGUCAUGUGUCAUACUUUCAGUUGGCAGCCAGCGCCGUCAGUAUGGACCGAGAGCCAGCAUCGCACAGUCUGGUAAACUUAAAGCCCUGGCGGCGCCUUGGGGUGAUUAUCUGGGACACAUGGCGCAUAUAUUCUCUUGGGCUGUGCGAUUUCAAUAGAAAACAGGCAAUGCCAACCCCUGAUGGAAGAUUGCUCGAAGCAACGCCGAGGGACCGAAGAGCUCUGCAACAGAUGCCGGCAGUUGACUAUGUGUCGAGGUGGCUGGCUUUGAUCGGGGAGUCACGGCGUCCAGCGCGUCGGGUGCGGGUUGGGGGACAGCAGAAAGAAUAUGGGGUGUGAUUAAGUGCAAUUCACAGACUGCUUCCUUCUGAAUCCCUAUCCAGGAGGUGCACAGGAUGAAUUGCGGUCUUAGAGACUCCGUGUAUACAUGGCUGUCUUGAUCAUCCUUUCUUACCUUCACU